AUGCUCAUCUACACUUUUGAGAAUGGAUGGAAAACUCUUCUGUGCUUUUUUGCGAACCCGAUCCUGUUACAGAAUGCGAUCAUUUGUGAAAGAAUUUUCGCCACUUACUACAUUUGGCAUUACGAGAAUUUGGAAAAGGCUCAUGUCUACAAAAUUGUUCUCUUUGGCCUCUUUUGCUGCUCAGGAACGUGCAGCGUGUUUGUGCCGAUUUGGUUCACGAUAGCGCCAGUGACCGCAAUCGCCGUUGCAAUGAGCUUCUAUAUCGUUUUUGCGCUGAUCAUGUUUUUAAUCUAUUGGUAUCUUUGGGUUCACAAUCAUGACGUUCUUAAACUUUUGCGAAUAUUUGUUGGUUUUGACACGGCUUUUGUUGGCGCAAACUGUCUUUUCGGCAUCAUCGUCAUGCUGAUUACUGAUCAAGAAAAACCAUCUGGACAAGUUGCACUUCAAUUGUUGGAACUCUCAAUAGCCGUUUACACGCUCUCAAUGCUCUUGCUGAGUUUAUAUUUUGUCAAAGACUGGGGUGAACAAUUCAAAAAGCGAUUGUUCAACUGUUUCGGCCGAAAUCUUCGCCUUCUGUCAUCGAAAAACUCGAUCGUUCCACUCAAUUCAAUUCAAGAAACCGAGAUCUAUUUCAACUAUUACACGCAAAAUUGGAAU